AUGGAAGACAAAAACGUCGAGUUCAUACCAAAGAAUUUUCCAGAACUAAAAAAUGAUCGUCUGCUUCGUGCUGCUCUUGGAAAAGAAGUAGAUAAGGUUCCGGUAUGGGUAAUGCGGCAGGCCGGCAGAUAUCUUCCAGAAUUUCAAGAAGUGAGAGCAAAGCAUGAUUUCUUUACGGUGUGCAGAACACCCGAGUUGGCUUGCGAGGUAACCUUACAACCAUUGAGAAGAUAUCCACACUUGGACGCUUCAAUUAUAUUCAGUGACAUUCUUGUUAUUCCACAAGCACUAGGAAUGAUAGUAGAAAUGCACCCGGGUGUUGGCCCUGUAUUUCCUAGUCCACUUCAAGAUCCCUCAGAAAUUGAUAAUUUAAAAGAAGAAGGUGCCGUUGAUCGACUUCUAUAUGUUGGUAAAGCCAUUACAUUAACUAGGCACAGGAUUGAGGGCAAAGUGCCUCUGAUCGGUUUCACUGGAGCUCCAGUGGAGAGUGGAGCUCAAUUACUGCAAGUAUUUGAAUCAAGCGCUGAUCAUCUAAAUAGAGAGCAGUUCACUGAGUUUUCUGCGCCUUAUUUAAAAGAUAUUAGAAGCGGUGUCAAAAAUAAAAUCUCGGAGAAAAAUCUGGAGCAAGUUCCUAUGACUGUAUUUGCUAAAGGUGGUGGACCAUACCUUGAUGUUCAGACUGGAUUAGGAUAUGAGACUGUUGGUUUAGACUGGACAGUAGACCCAGAAGAAGCAAGAAAGAUUGAGGAAAUCACUAAAAUGACAAUAGGAUGGUCCAAAAGUUUGGUAAAAAACGAUACAUUGCCAAUUUGGGGCAUGGGAUCACACCACAAACACCUUUGGAAAGUAUGA